AUGGCACCGCCCCCGCCACUUCCGCUUCGAGACCGGAAGUCCCUCCCCGGCGCCGGAAGUUCCGCGGCCCCGCUUCCUCACAGUUGUCCCCCGCCCCGACGCGCACGCCAGGACUUAUUUCCAGCCGCAGGUGGGCACCGGCUCGGUUCUCCGCUCGCCCCGGGGUGCUGUCCCGGGAGCGCUGCUCCCUCGAACUCAGGCGCCGGCAGCUCCGGCCGCGGGCGCGCCAGGAGGGCGCCGGGGCGGGCGCGCGGCCCGUGCGGGGCCAUGAACGGGACGGCCAACCCUCUGCUGGACCGCGAGGAGCACCGCCUGCGGCUUGGGGAGAGCUUCGAGAAUCGGCCGCGGGCCUCCUUCCACACCAUCCGCUAUGACUUUAAGCCGGCAUCUAUAGACACUUCCUGUGAAGGAGAGCUCCAGGUCGGCAAAGGAGAUGAAGUCACAAUUACGCUGCCGCAUAUCCCUGGAUCCACACCACCGAUGACUGUAUUCAAGGGGAACAAACGACCUUACCAGAAGGACUGUGUGCUUAUCAUCAACCAUGACACUGGUGAAUAUGUGCUGGAGAAACUCAGCAGCAGCAUUCAGGUCAAAAAGACAAGAGCUGAGGGGAGCAGUAAAAUCCAGGCCCGAAUGGAACAACAGCCCCCUCGUCCCCCACAGCCAUCACAGCCGCCGCCACCGCCUCUGCAGCCACCACCACCACCACCACCACCACCACCUAUGCCGUUCAGAGCUCCAACAAAGCCGCCAGCUGGACCCAAAACAUCUCCUUUGAAGGACAACCCCUCACCUGAGCCUCAGCUGGAUGACAUCAAAAGAGAGCUGAGGGCUGAGGUGGACAUUAUCGAGCAGAUGAGCAGCAGCAGUGGGAGCAGCUCCUCGGACUCCGAGAGCUCGUCGGGAAGUGACGAUGACAGCUCCAGCAGUGGCGGUGAGGACAACGGCCCCGCAUCCCCUGCUUCACACCAUCAGCCGUACAAUAGCAGGCCGGCUGUUGCCAAUGGAACCGGGAGGCCGCAAGGAAGCACGCAGCUCAUGAGCACCCUCAGAAAUGACUUGCAGUUGAGUGAGUCUGGCAGUGACAGUGAUGACUAGAGCCGGAUCUUUCGAAAUCAACUUUGUGGUGCAGAACUACGGUGCAGGACCAGGCUGCUUUAGCAUGGAGGCCACACCAGGAGGAAAAUGUUGGGGAUCAGUGACUGGAGAAGCUUGAGGCUCUGGAGCGCUCCGAUAUUCAUGUCUUUUAACUUAGUGGUGAUGAGUGAUUUUCUCGUGUAAUUUUUGAACAGUCUCAUGUUUUAAAGUUAAGUAGAUCUAAUAGAAGAACUAACAGAAUUAUAUCUCUAUUUGGUUAACACUGUUAACAAAAAACACAAAUGUGCCCUGGUCUGGGUGACUCAAAGGCCAUUUCUUCACCUGGCCAGUAAUUAAUAACAUUUUAAACCUCAGUGGCCACCAGCUUGGCCAAAUGGUUUGCACCAGUGAAAUGAAAAUAUAGUCUUUGAGGGUGGGGAGGGAAAGGGAGACCUCAAACUGCAGCAUACAAGUGUGUUUAAACCACUUUAAAUUGUUGACACGAAGUGGCGAGGAAGUUCUGUCAGACCCAGCCUGACAAGCCUGUAUGGAAACAGACUUCAGGAUGGAGUCCUACAGUGUCAGCUGGAGGGACCUGGGAGCUCUGCCUUCUCAGCCCCUCAUCUGCAGAUAAGGAAAGGGAAGCACACAGCUGGCUUAGGCCUGUCUCUUGCCUCCAGUCCGGGCUUUUCCCACUGCUCCCUCCCUUGAAUCUCACUCUUUGGAACCAGAGAUUCUUAGCAUGGGCCUUUUGAUUGUGCCAUGGAGCUUUUAUUAGAUUCCAGAAGACAAAAGUGUUGGCUACUUCUAGCUCCAAUUUCGAUCCAUACAGUCCCAAAAUCCAUGAAGCGGGGGGGGGAGCAGAUUAAACCAGCAGCCACUGUGCUAAUGCACAUGAUUCAAUUGAGGCCUUUGGUUCCAUAUGGAUCCAAGCUGAGUGCUGCUUACACUGGGUUUCAGUGGGGGAGCAGGAGGGCAAGAGCAGUGUGGUGAAGAAGCCUUUCUGAGCAGAUGAGCCAAUAGCCAGUCUCCAAACCAGAAUCUGGAUAGAAGUUGUGCAGUGUGAAGUGAGCACAUGUUUUCAUAAAGUCUUUCUGUUUAUGAUUUUGUACCACUGUUUGUGCCCGACUCCCAGACUGAUUUGUAUUUUUUAUGUGCAACUAGGAGAAAGUCACAAGAUUGCCUUCUGCAGUGGGCGGUUCCAGCUGAAUCUGCAAGGAAACUGGUCACUAGUAAAUGUUCCGUAUUCAGCAACUGUGUGAUAAAUCAUCCCUUAAUUAGUCUGGAGCAACCCAUUUCUGUAAUUUGAAUGGAUAUGUCCUGAGAAGUUUCUCUCUGCCGUGGUUCAGUGGAUAUCAAGAACUUUAAAAGUGAUUUUUUCUUGGAGUGGCCUACCCCUCCCCAGCUAAUGGUGGGAGGCAGUCUGGACCCAGAAAGAAAUUAAGAUGAUCCUUGGUGGGGGCUUUGGUUAGAGUUGAACCUUACACAGUCACCUGUUGCAUUUGCACGGUGACCCUGGUGAGCUGGAGGUGGGUCAGAGGUGCAACUGGGCCCUGUGGUGCGUUCUCAGCCCAUCAUGAAGUGUUAGUGGAUUUCAUGGCAGAUGGGAACUUAUUUAUGAUGAAUUGAUAAUUGCUUUUCCAUUACUUGGUAAUGAACGCUCAGGGAAGGUGAAGGUCAUGGCUGGGAGACUUGUAAUUGUUACUGGAUGUGGGAAUUGUUUCACUGCUCUUGCUCAAGCUGUGGCAGGUUCCAGGAACUUGAACUAAAAAUAUCUAUUUAAGCCUCUGUCUUUUUUUUCCUUCCCAAAGUCUUGCUUAUAUAGACUAACUGUGGUUUGGGGCAGGUUGGCUCAAGAUGUUUGUUGCUAUAGGAAGUGCUUGCAGGUGACCAUGGGUGGGUGAGAUAGGCUGGGAGCCUCAGACCCUCUCCCAUCCAUCGUCCCCAGUCCUGCUCGGUAAUAGCACCAGGUGCAGUGCUCCAGCUUUGUUCUCUGCAUGGAGCCUUUGGCGUUCCCUCCUGCUUUACCCAAAAGAGGAAGGAAUCUUUGAGGAAUGAAGAAUUGGCCUCAUAAACUCCUUCUCAGGAGGUCCCCCCCCACCGCCAGCCCCACUGGGCUUGUUCUUCCUGCCUUGGUGCCUUCUCAGUCUCCCCUCCCCCAGCCCUCCUGGGGCUCUGUGGUGCCACCUUCAUGGAUUCCGCCUCUUCUGGCUGCUCCACUGGCCAGAGGGCGUGAGUGCACACAGCCCUUCCUCUUGCUUGGGCUCUCUCUGGUCGGUGCAGACUUAUUCAGAGCAGACAUCAUCGUCUCUGUCCCUUGGAGUGUGCACAGGAACGACACGUAGAUGCUUUCAGCCUGGUAAGGGUAGGGCAGAGCGCCAGCCUGUGGAGCACAGAGGGUGGGCAUGGAGGAAACGUUCCCGGCAUUUGGAGACAGCUGGAAACUGUCCAUGCUGAUUGUUGUGGUUCUCAAGCCUCUAACUGAGUUGUGAAAAUUGCCUUUUCUUUGCUCUAUACAAUAUCUGCUAUACUGUGGGUCAUUGGGCGAGGUCUGAAGACCAGGUCCGAAGUGUCUGAGGAGCCGUGGCAAGCAAGCCACACUAAAGAUGUGACUUAACAAACUAGAGAUUUUUCUUGACGCCACUCAUGAGCUGUUUUAUUUCUCUAGCAGAAUCAUUUUUUUUUUUCUAUGUGUGGUAUUAAUGUGUAUGUGCUUCAGUGAUGGGAAAACUUGAAAAUUCCAAAAUCCUUAUUACUUCCCUAUUUGAAAGGCUGGUUAAGUAGGGUGUGUGUGUGGAUGUGCAUGUGUGCAAGUGAUGUAUUUAUUACAUUAUUUUGAAGGAGUAACUGUCUGUUAUGCAGAUAUACAUUAGGUACAGCCAAAUUGAAUUGUUUCCGUUUGGCAAGGAAGGUAGGACUCCCGAAACUCAGGCCACAACGAGUAGGUUGGACAUGACCAAUUGAAGCGUUAUGAAAUGUCUUUUUGUUGCUCCUGUUAUUUCUGUCUUGGAUUCAUUGUCUCAUCCUUUAAUGAUUAUUAAAGUCUGUGCCUGAAAGUUUAUUUUGCUUAAUUAUGAAGUAGACUUGCAUGUUUAUAUUUAUGUAAAAUAUUUGCUAUGUAAAGUUUUUUUGGUUUAUUCUCUUAAAAGAUAUUUAAGUAAAAAAUGAAGGUCAGCAAUACACUUUA